GGCGGCGGCGGUUACUAUGGCGGAGUCGGCCGGAGCCUCCUCCUUCUUCCCCCUUGUUGUCCUCCUGCUCGCUGGCAGCGGCUGGUCCGGGCCCCGGGGGAUCCAGGCUCUGCUGUGCGCCUGCACCAGCUGCCUGCAAGCCAACCUCACGUGUGAGACGGACGGGGCCUGCAUGGUCUCCAUCUUCAACCUGGAUGGGCUGGAGCAUCAUGUGCGCACCUGCAUCCCCAAGGUGGAGCUGGUCCCUGCCGGAAAGCCCUUCUACUGCCUGAGCUCCGAGGACCUGCGCAACACCCACUGCUGCUACACUGACUUCUGCAACAAGAUUGAUCUGAGGGUGCCCAGUGGUAAAGGUACCUUUUUGAUGUUCCCCAAGGUGACAAGGUCUGGGAGUCCUCCCAAGACAGGUCACGUCAAGGAGCCCGAGCGCCCUUCCGUGUGGGGCCCCGUGGAGCUGGUGGGCAUCAUCGCCGGCCCCGUGUUCCUCCUGUUUCUCAUCAUCAUCAUUGUUUUCCUUGUCAUUAACUAUCAUCAGCGUGUCUACCACAACCGCCAGAGACUGGACAUGGAAGAUCCCUCGUGUGAAAUGUGUCUUUCCAAAGAUAAGACGCUCCAGGAUCUCGUCUAUGAUCUCUCCACUUCUGGGUCUGGCUCAGGGUUACCCCUUUUCGUCCAGCGUACAGUGGCGCGCACCAUCGUUUUACAGGAGAUUAUCGGCAAGGGCCGGUUUGGGGAAGUGUGGCGAGGCCGCUGGAGGGGCGGCGACGUGGCUGUGAAAAUCUUCUCUUCCCGAGAAGAGCGGUCGUGGUUCCGGGAGGCAGAGAUAUACCAGACAGUCAUGCUGCGCCAUGAGAACAUCCUUGGGUUUAUCGCUGCUGACAAUAAAGAUAACGGCACCUGGACCCAGCUGUGGCUCGUCUCUGACUACCACGAACACGGCUCCCUCUUCGAUUAUCUCAACCGGUACACAGUGACCAUUGAGGGGAUGAUCAAGCUGGCCUUGUCGGCCGCCAGCGGCUUGGCGCAUUUGCACAUGGAGAUCGUGGGGACGCAAGGAAAGCCUGGAAUUGCUCAUCGAGACUUGAAGUCAAAGAACAUCCUCGUGAAGAAGAAUGGCAUGUGCGCCAUUGCAGAUCUGGGCCUGGCCGUCCGUCACGACGCGGUCACCGACACCAUUGACAUCGCCCCAAAUCAGAGGGUGGGGACCAAACGGUACAUGGCCCCUGAAGUACUUGAUGAAACCAUUAACAUGAAGCACUUUGACUCCUUUAAAUGUGCUGACAUCUACGCCCUCGGCCUUGUGUAUUGGGAGAUUGCGCGAAGGUGCAAUUCUGGAGGAGUCCAUGAAGAAUAUCAGCUGCCAUAUUAUGACUUAGUGCCCUCAGACCCUUCCAUCGAGGAAAUGCGAAAGGUCGUGUGUGACCAGAAGUUGCGGCCCAACAUCCCCAACUGGUGGCAGAGCUACGAGGCGCUGCGGGUCAUGGGGAAGAUGAUGCGGGAAUGCUGGUACGCCAACGGGGCUGCGCGCCUGACCGCGCUGCGCAUCAAGAAGACGCUCUCGCAGCUCAGCGUGCAGGAGGACGUGAAGAUCUAGCGCGCCCCUCCCCUCAGGCGACCGCGAGAGCCCGCGCUGCGUGUUGCGCGAUGGAGGCCUACCUCGUGUCUGCCAGCCCCCGGGCCGGCGCCCCGGCCCGCCAGAGGGACGGAGCCCGGGGGCCCCGCCCGCUCCCACGUUGGGUUUGAGACACAGACACCUUUUAUUUACCUCCUCUUGGCAUGGAGACUCCGAGAGCAAGUGGCCUGGAGAACUCAGUGCCGCGCGCCACCUGGCGGGCCGGGGCGCC